AUGUGUUUGUCAGAUAGUGAAGGGAAUGUUUCAUCAUUGGAGAUUGUAGAGGUCACCAUUGGUUAUGAGUUUAUUGUAAGUUCUACUGUCGAGUCGAAGCUACUGUUCCGGCCGUUGGAUGUUAUUGGAGAUAUGGCUUGCAGAUGGACUCUGGUAUAUGUAGGAAUUUUUGCGAUAGACUCAAAGUCAUACUAUUGGAUAUCGUUUAUUGACCACUAUGCUCGACUUCGUUGUCCGUUCGAACUAGUAGCGGUUCUGCAGGCGCAUGCUGUGCCUCCGGAAUCGCCCACCGCUCAUUGGCCAGCGCCGAGUCCGAUGCUUACCUAUCUCGCAAACCAUGCGAAGCGGACUGUCAUGUUUCGUCUCCCGAUAGUGCGCGCGUUCUUCCGCGUAUCGCCCCAGCCGGCCAUAGCUUCCUCGCUCCUCCACUCUACCCGCAUCCCCUCUCACAUUCCUCGCUCCACACCUUUGACACGACGUCUGUCGUCAAGAACUCGUGGGACCACUUCACAGGCCUUCCUGCCCUCGAGACGCAUUUCCGGUCAAUCGCAGCUUCGGUCUUUCUCUGCGUCCGCCCGCAGCCGUGCGAGGUAUAAUCGAUUCAAUGAACCACAGUUUCCGAAACUCCAGGAUGGCGAGCAUUGGCAGGCCUGGCUCGCACUCAUUGCCGUCGGAGGAAGCUUCUAUGUCUAUAACCUCGAGACUGUGGAGCUGACCGGCCGCACUCGAUUCAACUGUGUAUCGGACGACCUCGAGAGGCAAAUGGGAGACAAUGAAUACCAACAACUCCUGAAAAGAGCCGAAGGAAUGAUCUUACCUCCGUCGCACUAUAUAUCCGAAGAAGUGACCAGAGUUUUUGAGCGGCUGAUCGCUCAUACACCCGUACAAGGCACGAACUGGGAGGUGCACGUUAUCAACGAUAUGUCGCAGCAGAACGCAUUUGUCCUUCCGAAUGGAAAGGUCUUCGUGUAUACUGGCAUCUUGCCGGUUUGCGGAAAUUCUGAUGGUCUUGCGGCGGUGCUGGGCCAUGAAAUCGCUCAUGUGCUGGCCCAUCACCAAGCUGAACGGAUGAGCCAUUCUGUUCCUAGUGUCAUUUUGACCUACGGGCUGGUAUAUCUGUUCGGCACCUUCGGACAUUUCGCGUCUCAGAUGUUGGACUGGUCUGUCAAUCUGCCAAACACGCGGGUGCAGGAGGCUGAGGCAGACAAUAUCGGGCUGAUGCUAAUGGCCAAGGCUUGUUACAAUCCCCGUGCUGUAGUUGACUUCUGGGACCACAUGCACAAGUCUGAAAGAGUUCGUGUGCCUGAGUUUAUGUCAACACAUCCAUCGGCAUUCAACCGAAUGCAAUCCAUGAGCGAAAGGCUCUACAGAGCUGAAGCCCUCUAUGAAAACAGCGGAUGCCAUAUGGUCAGAGGUAACAGUAAGCGCCAGCAAACACCCAUCCACUGGAAGAUACAGCAGACUAACAACCCUCCUAUCCCAGUUCCUGAAUUUACCGACGCAAUCGACCAUUACGCAGGCCCUCAGGGAAGAGGCCCUG